UUAAAUCACUUGAAUCUCAAUUAUAUAUAUAUAUUGAAAACCAAUCGCUAAAUAAAAUGCCAUCAAUUUUGUGAUAUUUUUUAUUUUAUUUAAUAAAUUAAAAAGUUUUAUAAAUUGUAUAAAUAUUUUGAAACAAUCAUUAAAUCAUGAAUUCAAUAGUAUUGAAGAAGUGGUCUUUAGUUAGGCAUCACUUAAAUAGUGAAUACUUGAAGACAUUAACCAGAAGAAUGAGUUCUUCAUCGUUAUUGACAAUUGAUUCAAUUAAUCAAAGAGUCAAACAUAUGGAGUACGCCGUCAGAGGACCCAUUCCUCAGAGAGCCUCGCAGUUAGAAUCACAGCUAAAAUCUGGUCAAAAGUUACCGUUUGAUGCCGUGAUUCGGGCCAAUAUUGGUGACUGUCAUGCUAUGAAUCAAAAGCCAAUAACUUUUUUUCGUCAAGUGCUAUCCGGUGCCGCAAAUCCUAUUGAAAUGCAUUCAAAUCCCAAAAUACCUAAAGAAGUAAAAGAAAGAGUGAAUGAGUUAUUAGACGGAUGUGGCGGUAGAUCUGUUGGCGCCUAUUCUGAAGCAACUGGAGUUGAGAUUAUCCGAAGACAUAUCGCACAAUAUAUUAGAGAAAGAGAUGGUUUAGAAACCGAUUGGCGAAAUGUAGUCCUAACUACCGGUGCAUCUGAAGGUGCAAAAGCUAUUCUAAGUUUUAUCAAUACAACGGCUACCGAUGGCAUUCCUACCGGUGUUAUGGUUCCCAUUCCUCAAUAUCCUCUAUACUCAGCAACACUGACUGAGUUGGGAAUGAAUUUAAUAUCUUAUUAUUUAGACGAACAAAACCAAUGGGCGCUUAAUAUCAAUGAAUUAAGAAAUGCUUUGCAGAAAUCUCGCAGUAUUUGUAAACCUAAAGCUAUUGUUGUGAUAAACCCGGGAAAUCCAACCGGUUCUGUGUUGACUAAAGAAAACAUUGAAAAUAUCAUCAAAUUUGCUGAUGAAAACAAAUUAAUGAUAAUUGCCGAUGAAGUAUAUCAACACAACAUUUGGGACCCAAACGCCCGGUUCUACUCAUUUAAAAAAGUAAUGCAAGAAUUAGGAAUCAAACUUGAAUUGGUGUCAAUGAUGAGUGCAUCUAAAGGUUUUAUGGGUGAAUGUGGUCUUAGAGGUGGAUAUCUAGAGUUAUCUAAUUUUGAUGAAGAAGUCAAAGCUGUAUUCUAUAAGAUGUUAAGCGCGAGACUGUGUUCAUCGGUUUUGGGACAAAUAGCUAUGGAUUGUGUGGUUAAUCCUCCGCCCAAAGGGACGCCGUCUUAUGAAUUAUAUGUCAACGAAAAACAAGAAGUUCUCAAAUCGUUGCGAGAAAGAGCUGAACUAAUAGCUGAGACAUUCAAUUCAAUUCCCGGUAUAGAAUCUAAUGGAGUGGCCGGUGCUAUGUAUGCCUUUCCCAAAAUUGUAUUGCCAUCUAAAGCCAUCACUGCUGCAGAAGAAAAAAGACAAAAACCAGACUUUUUUUAUUGUAUGGAAUUACUUGAAACCACAGGUAUUUGUGUUGUUCCCGGUUCUGGUUUUGGACAAAUUGAUGGCACAUAUCAUUUCCGAACCACUAUAUUACCACAAACUCAGACAAUGCAUAAAAUGAUGGAUAAGUUUAAACAAUUUCAUAUUAACUUUAUUAAUAAAUAUAAAUAA